AGAAAUACCGGAAAUGACAGCUUGCGCAUGUCGAAAGGGUCGUAGCAACGAAAGGAAAAAUUUACCAACACAAGUAAAGUAAGGUUUAGGAAGUCCUGCGUCAUGGCUGAAAUUGAUGAAACCAUCAAAAGAAUUAGUGCGCACAAGGGUGUACUGGGAACCGUUAUAGUCAAUAAUGAAGGCAUUCCUAUUAGAACAACACUAGAAAAUGCUGUUACAGUACAGUAUGCUGGCCUGUUUCAUCAGCUCACACAGAAGGCACGCAGCACUAUACGCGACAUUGACCCACAGAAUGACCUCACCUUUCUCAGGAUCCGGUCAAAAAAGCAUGAAAUAAUGGUGGCCCCAGAUCUUGAGUACUUAUUGAUAGUAAUCCAGAAUCCCAACGAAGCAGUAUAGAAAGGGAAUAUCUUCUGAUUGUAAUCCAGUCACCAAAGGUCCUCUGUUAGAUCAAGGACAUCAUCAUACUAUGAUCAUCUUCAAUGCCAAGUGAUUUAGUCCUUGUGGAAAGACUUUAAUAUUUGUUCAAAAUUGUAUGUUUUGCUACAUAAAGGGCUUAAAAAAUGUGUAGAUUUGUUUACCAAUUUACAAUCAAUAUGGAAAAGUGAUUUUCUUUUUGAUAACAGAGGGUGAUGUAAUCUACAGAGAUGUAUGCAGCAUUACUAUGUAAGUCAGUUUGUUGUUGUAUAUAUUAGGUACAGAAGUCAAAACAUCUUUCAAUGUACAAACUGCAAAACUAAAGAACAUAAAAUACUUGAAGACUUUACAAAAAGGGGGUUUAUUUAUUCAUGUAUAUGUCAUAAAACAUAUUAAAAAUACAUAA